AUGCAGCACGAUGAGGUGAUAUGGCAGGUGAUUAGACACAACCAUUGCAGUUUCAUGUCCAAAAUCGAAACUGGAAAUUUCUGCAGAAACCCAUAUAAUCUAACAGGUAUUUGCAAUAGGAGUUCAUGUCCUCUUGCUAACAGCCGGUAUGCUACCAUCAGAGAAGAUAAAGGAGUAUUCUAUCUCUAUAUGAAAACAAUCGAAAGAUCUCAUAUGCCUGGAAAAUUAUGGGAAAGACUAAAACUACCAAAGAAUUAUGAAAAGGCACUUGAAAUCAUUGACAAGAAUAUGAUGUAUUGGCCAAAAUAUCUUGUGCACAAAAUCAAGCAACGCCUUACCAAGAUGACUCAGAUGCGUAUACGUAUGAGGAAGCUUGUUCUGAAAACAAGGGAGAAGGUGAUGACUAUGCCGAGGAAGGAAGGAAAGAGGGAGAAGAGGAGAGAAGAGAAGGCUCUGCAUGCUGCACAGGUGGAAAAGGGCAUUGAGAAAGAGUUGCUGGAACGUCGCAAAGCUGGACUCUACGCUGAAAUUUACAAUUACCCUGAAAAAGAAUUCCAAGAUAUUCUUGAUGUAGAAGAAGUGGAUGUUCUUGAUGAUCAGGAUGAAGAGGAUGAGGAUACAGAAAUAGAAUAUGUUGAAAUGGAAGAUGAUGAAUUUGACAUGGAAGAUUUUGGUCUUGGUGAUGGUAUUGAGGAGGACGAAGAAGAUGAUGAAGAUAUUGUUGAUCGAAAGAGAUCACUAGAAGAGUCUGGAGUGGUGCAGGGGAAGAAGGAUAUGCAUGAUGCUAAGUGGAAGAGGAAGAAGCCUCGUGUGCAUGUGGAGUUCGAGAAUGAUGAUGCUGGUGAAAGACAAACGAGAGUCUACUGA